UGUGUUUGAUCAUAAACCACUUAAACUCCAGGCUCACUGGCAGGGGAAACUUUAGCGUGAAUUGCAACACUGGUUUCUCUCGGUGAGGGGAGCUUUCUUCUCUUUUCCUUUCUCCCUCUGUGAACACUGAAGACAGUAGCAGCGCUCCCUUCUUUUUAAUUUCUCUGUGGACUUGUGUGAAGCUCAUCAAAUUUUUCUGAGUAUGUUCAACGGCAUUGGGAGAUGCCCUUCAACAGAGUUGUGGAAAAGAGCAGAAUAAAACAGACAGCAGAGAUGAAGCAUGCCUUGGAGAUGGACUAAGACAGCCCCGAGGUCCUGGUAAGCAGUUUCUUCUCUGAAUUCUCUGAGCACUCCACAGUAUUAACAAGUCUCUCACAGCAAUGGAUCGUCUGUGAAGUCAAAACGAGUUUGGCUCUUUUAGAAAAUCUUGCAUCAUUAACUUAAACUCUCAGUGUGGAGUAAAAAUGGCUGUCUAGAGCAAAAUGUGUCAGAUGGAAAAAUUUUGGAGGAGAAAGUAUUGAACCAGUUGAACAAAGCUUUGAAGCAUUGAAAUCUGCAGAAAUCAUCAAGCCCUGAGAAGUCUAAUCAUGAAUUCUGGAGUUGCUAUGAAAUAUGGAAAUGACUCCCCUGCAGAGCUGAGUGAGCUUCAUUUAGCAGCCCUGGCUUCAUUAAAGGGAGACAUAGUGGAGCUUAAUAAAUGUCUACAACAAACAGAAAAGGAACGUGACCUGUUGGAAAAGAAACUGGCUAAAGCACAGUGUGAGCAAUCCCACCUGAUGAGAGAGCAUGAAGAUGUGCAGGAGCGAACAACGCUGCGCUACGAGGAACGCAUCACAGAGCUGCACAGUAUCAUUGCUGAACUGAACAAGAAAAUCGAUCGACUACAGGGAACAACAAUAAGGGAGGAGGAUGAGUACUCAGAGCUGCGGUCGGAGCUCAGCCAGAGCCAGCAGGAGGUUAACGAGGACUCGCGCAGCGCGGACCAGAAUUCCGUUUCGGUACCAGAGAAUCAGUCCACCAUGGUCACUGCAGAUAUGGAUAACUGUAGUGACUUGAAUUCAGAACUGCAAAGAGUGCUGACAGGUCUGGAAAAUGUUGUCUGUGGACGGAAGAAAAGCAGCUGCAGUUUGUCAGUAGCAGAAGUGGACAGGCACAUUGAACAGCUCACUACUGCCAGCGAACACUGUGAUUUAGCCAUUAAGACUGUAGAAGAGAUUGAGGGCGUACUGGGACGUGACCUUUACCCAAACCUGUCAGAGGAGAGGUCUCGAUGGGAGAAGGAGCUUGCUGGCCUACGAGAAGAGAAUGAAAGCCUCACGGCCAUGCUGUGCAACAAAGAGGAGGAGCUCAACAGGACCAAGGCCACCAUGAACGCUGUCCGUGAGGAGAGGGACAGGCUGCGCAGAAGGGUUCGAGAGCUGCAGACACGUUUGCAGAGCGUGCAGGCAACGGGCCCAUCCAGCCCCAGCCGUCUCACUUCUGCCAAUCGACCCAUCAACCCCAGCACGGGAGAGUUGAGCACCAGCAGCAGCAGCAACGACAUUCCCAUUGCCAAGAUUGCUGAAAGAGUGAAGUUGUCAAAGACAAGAUCAGAGUCUUCAUCAUCUGAUAGACCUGUCUUAGGAUCAGAAAUCAGCAGCAUAGGGGUGUCUAGUACUGUGGCUGAACAUUUGGCACAUUCCCUCCAAGACUGCUCAAACAUCCAGGAAAUCUUCCAGACUCUCUAUUCACAUGGAUCUGCUAUCUCUGAAAGUAAAAUUCGAGAAUUUGAAGUGGAGACAGAGAGAUUAAAUAGCCGUAUUGAACACCUGAAAUCCCAGAAUGACUUACUGACAAUAACACUGGAAGAGUGCAAGAGCAAUGCUGAGAGGAUGAGCAUGCUUGUUGGGAAGUAUGAGUCCAACGCCACGGCCCUCAGGCUGGCGUUGCAGUACAGUGAACAAUGCAUAGAAGCGUAUGAACUGCUGUUGGCAUUGGCAGAAAGUGAGCAGAGUCUUAUUCUUGGGCAGUUCAGAGCUGCAGGUGUUGGUUCUGUUGGAGACCAGACAGGUGAUGAAAACAUCACACAGAUGCUUAAGAGAGCUCAUGACUGCAGGAAGACAGCUGAGAAUGCAGCAAAAGCCUUGCUAAUGAAACUAGAUGGGAGCUGCGGGGGAGCCUAUGCAGUCACUGGCUGCAGUGUGCAGCCCUGGGAAAGCCUCUCAUCCAACAGCCACACAAGUACCACCAGCUCAACUGCAAGCAGCUGUGAUACGGAAUUUACAAAGGAGGAUGAGCAGCGGCUGAAGGAUUACAUCCAGCAGUUGAAAAAUGACAGGGCAGCAGUGAAACUGACAAUGCUGGAGCUGGAAAGCAUCCACAUUGAUCCCCUUAGUUAUGACGUUAAGCCACGCGGAGACAGCCAGAGGCUAGACCUGGAAAAUGCAGUCCUGAUGCAGGAACUUAUGGCAAUGAAGGUAUAUAAUCCCAUGAGCAGCAUGCUGAUAAUGUUUCUUCAACAGGAGGAGAUGGCAGAGCUCAAGGCACAGCUUUACCUGCUAGAGAAGGAGAAGAAGGCAUUGGAAUUGAAACUGAGCACUCGAGAGGCCCAGGAGCAGGCCUACCUCGUCCACAUUGAGCACUUGAAAUCUGAAGUGGAAGAACAAAAAGAGCAGAGAAUGAGGUCUCUCAGCUCAACCAGCAGUGGAAGCAAAGACAAACUGGGCAAGGAAUGCAGUGAUGGCACCGCAGCACCAUUAACUCUUGCUGAGCUGAGACCAUACACCGAGAGUGAACUGACUGCUGAGCUGACAAACGCACUCAGGAGGGAGAAGAAACUGAAGGCUAGAGUGCAGGAGUUAGUGAGUGCUUUGGAGAGGCUCACGAAGAGCAGUGAGAUCAGACAUCAGCAGUCAGCAGAAUUUGUUAAUGACCUUAAAAGGGCAAACAGCAACUUGGUAGCAGCUUAUGAAAAAGCAAAGAAAAAGCAUCAAAAUAAGCUGAAGAAACUGGAAUCACAAAUGAUGGCCAUGGUGGAGAGACAUGAAACACAAGUGAGGAUGCUCAAACAAAGAAUAGCUUUACUGGAAGAAGAGAACUCCAGACCACACACCAAUGAAACUUCACUUUAAUUGCAUCUCUUUAAAGGAUGCUUAGUGCCAUUACAACUUUCUUUCUUUUGGAGGCUGACUUUUAGGGAGCUUCAAACGCUAAAAGCUCUGACUGUCAAUGCUGACACACUUAAAUCACCUUCUCUGGGAUCCCAGAGAGGUGUCAUGGGGAUAAUAAAAAUGUUAACCUUAAUAACUGUUUCAUAAUGUAAAAUGGCAGUGCCUGAAUUAUCAUGCUAUAAUUAUGUACAUUGUCCGUGUCAUUAUGUCUAUAUUCAUACAGCUUCUCUUCCAUUUUAUAUACGUCCCAUGGGUGACAGUGUCACAUAGCAAAAUAAUUAAUUUUAAGAGGUUUUCAUUUCAGUCAUUUGGAGAUCAUUUGAGAAUUUUCCCAAUCCCUGAGCUCCCUCUGCACACAAGUCCAUAUUGUACCCUCAAGAAAGACUUGCUCUUGUGGUUAAACCAACCAAAUGGGUAGCUGCAGAGAGGGGAGAUGACAGACUGCCUUGCUUUUUUGCACCCUAUUUGCAAUACUGCUGCUCACAGUGCAGAUCAGGUGGGAAAAUUCCUGUUGAUUUGGAAAAAAACCCAAGAAACUCUCAGAGUUGCAUCUCUGAGAACCAUGAUGAUGGUGUAUUUCUUACAGUUUGUAAGAGGGCUAAAGGCUGUGAGUUUCACCACACCACGUAGAUGGUCUGAGCCAAGGGUGGGUAAGAAAUGAUAGGAGACCUUCUGGUAUUUAUAUUACAUGGUGUUUGCAACUACUUUGUAGAAGAGUUGGUUUUUCUUGCUAACACAUUAUAGCCAAGGUUUUCUCUAAGAAGCUGGGCCAUUUUUGUCACAUGUAUAGUACUUAUUACAGCUUACUGUGAUCAAGAGGUAGAAUGUCUUUUUUUAAUACUUUUUUUUGACCCAAAAAGGUACUUAUUAGGAAUGUACCUGUUUAAUAUUGAAUACGUAGGCACAAAACUAUAAAUGUGUAGAUGUAUGGAUAUCCUGUCACAAACAGAAUGUGAAUGGUAAAGUCUUCUUAUAGCUUCUUAGGUUAGUUUUUGUUACUGCUAACAUUUCCUUCUUUCGUUUAAGUCACAUCAUAUUGCUGUAUUAUCAAACUGACUGAAUGGCAAAUGUUGCCCUAUUAUAUUAAUGAACAUUAAGCAAAUCAUGGGGAUAAGGUUGAUUUCUGUUGGGGUCAAAAUACAGGAGUCUGCCAUAGCACCUGUUACGUUCAGAUUCUUCUUCUUUUUGACAGAGUACGUAAAAGAGCUUCCAUGUGUGUUUUAACAUGGCAAACUAGAGUCAAUUCACUGUGCUAGCCUGCUACUAUGUUACACCUCUGCUUUGCUUUUUUUCAGGCUUAUUUCCUAGGGAAUCUGAUUUCAGGAGUCAUUCAUCCUUUUUGCUUCACAUGUUGAGUGAGUUGCACCUCCAGUUUUACCAGUGUAUUUAGAAUUAUGAUAACUUCUCUCACUUAUUCCUCCCAUUUCUAGUACUAAGGAAAUAUUUUUAGACGACUUUAACUGUUUUUGUCUACUGUUGGGUUAGGCCAGGCAGCCAAAAUAUGGGAAUUUGUGUUCAGAGUAUGGCAUUAUUGUUACACCUUGGUUGCAUCUGAAACUGUAGCAGUUGGUGUUCAUCUCUUUCUACUGUAGCUGCUGUUGUCUUCUUUCCUUAGAGUAGUCAUUCCUACUUCCCUAGAGCCUGAUACUUCAUCUACAAAGCCAGCAUGACUGAUUGCAACAGCAAGUUAAAACAACGCUGAUUUCAAAAUUUUUAGUUAGUAACAUCCUGGAAUUGGUUUUGAUCAGUCCUCUUUCUCAAGCUAAUUGCACUUAAUUUACAACGUGAAUUGAAAUUUUUGCAAACCAGUCUGUUGAGGGGGGAAACACAUUGAUUUCUGCUGCCUUUAUGGUGUUGCUUGUCAGCUUUCUGUGGCAUUUCCCUUUUUUGGCUAAGUUUCUCACCAACAGGAACAUGGGGGUUUGCCAUAAGCUUCAGUUGUAGCUGAGCACACUUGUUUCACAAGAAACACAAAGUAAAAUAUCCACUAUGUACUGUGGUAAAAAUACAGUUACACUUUUGUCUUCUGGCAUCUGAAACACCCAUCUGAUUUGAGGUAAUCUCAAAAUGUCCAUGAGAAAUACCUUUCAAUGAAGAGGACUAUAAACAACUACUGCACUGGAUUGCCUCUUAGGCUCUUUUUUUUUUUUUUUUUUUUUCCUAUUUAGAAUAACAGAAUCACACAAUGAUUUGGAAGGGACCUUAAAAGAUCAUCUUGUUCCAACACCCCUGCUGUGGGCAGGGACAUGUCCUUCUACACCAGGUGGCUUCAAGCCCCAUUCAACCUGGCCUUGAACACUUCCAUGGAUGGAGCAUCCGCAGCUUCUCUGGGCAGCCUGUUCCAGUGCCUCACCACCUUCACAGUAAAGAAUUUAUUCCCUAAAAAAAUUUCUUAGUACCACUUGAAUUUAAAUCUGUCUUUAAAUUAUAGGUACAAAUUAAGAAAGCAUAAAACCACAGCAACACAGAAUGGUUGGAAGGGACCACUGGUGGGGUCAUCUGGUCCAACCUCCCUGCUCAAGCCGGGUUUCCUGGAGCAGGUUACUCAGCAUUGCAUCCAGAUGGUUCUGGAACAUCUCCACUGAGGGAGACUCCACAAGCUCUCUGGUCAACCUGUUCCAGUGCUCAGUAACCUGCUCAGAAAAGAAUUUGUUCCUCAUACUGACGAUCAGUUUCUGCCUGUUGCCUCUUGUCCUCUUGCUAGGCGCCCCAAGCAGAGCCUGGUUCAUCCUCUGACCCAUCCCUGCAGACACUGACAGACAUUGAUGAGGUCCCCUCUCAGUCCUGUCCUCUCAGGGCUGAACAGGCACCUGGGUUUAGAGGCAUAAAAAACUGCAAUUGUCCUCAGUGCUUUUCAGGCCUCAAGACUUGCUGAUGUCGUUUCACUGCAUUUACUAUGUAUCUUUCCUGCCAGCUGUGCUCUGAAAGUGCUCUAGAAUUAAUUAUAAAUCAUCAGUAAAUGUAAGCCAUUUUCUUCCCAGAGGGUUUGUAGAUGAAAAAGAAACACUGAUAUUACACAGCCUCAGCAGCAGCAAGUUUGCCAGACCACCAGUUUAGUUUGCCCAAGCAAGCAGCUACUGAUUGAAUUGUUGGCAUGCUGGAAAAGAUCAGUAGAGAAGUGGUAAAAGGUUUAGUGCUAGUGUGCAAACUCUUCAAUAUUAAUAAUUAGCUGUAGUUCCAGUGUAGCCAUUACAAUGGCACCAACCCUGAGAAUAAAAGCCAAAAAACUUAACAACUCUGUUCAUGCAGCUCUGAAAUACCAGCACAUGAGAUAUAAGAGGGUGCGAUGCGCCCUGAGUCACAGCAACUUAACUCUUCUAACAUUUGCUGCAGAAAUAAUACAUUGGAAAAACAAGAAAUAUAGGUGGUUCUUGCCAACAAAACCUAAGUCCACUCAUGACUUUUUGAUCUUUUAAGUCAUCAGAGUGCAUGAAACUUCGUAUUUCACAGUGUGUUCAGAAAAAAAAAAAAUUACUUUUUUUUUUUCUAAUUAUAUGUAUAAAUCUUCACCAGCUUGAAUGUACUGUUAGCUAUUGCAAAGCACAUGUGACUAAGUUUGCAUUCAUGUCAGUAUUGUUCUACUGGUUUUAUUAGGAUUUUCUCCUCCUUUAAUACUGCACCAUACAUUUUAACUUUAUACAUUUUUCACCAUACUGAAUUAGCUUUAAAUGUGUUGCUACUUUUCAGUUUCCUAGCAGCUGUAAAAUAGCUAUUUUGUGUUUAUUUGAUAUAGAAUUGUAAAAAUUGCAUUUAUUUAUACAGAGGCAUUUAUAAUACUUAUUUUACAAAUGUUCUUAUAUUCUGAAUAAAUUUCUAAUGCUGUUUCUUUGCCUUUGGCGUUGUUUUACCAUAACUUGUCAUCUUAUUGUUGAAUGGGCCACCUCUAAGUAUCCUAGACACAAAGGUACCUCAUCUCCAAGGUA